AUGGUACUCUUCAAUCCGUUUGCAAAACACGACCACGGCGACUUCCCCGGGGUGGUCGUGCCCCUCGCCAGUGCGCCGGCACACUCACACCCGAACCCCGAAGUAGGGAAACGCCAUAGCCACGAUGAGAAUCAGGACAAGAACAGCCUGGACAAGGCUCCAUCCGAGGAGAACGGGGUCCCCUCGUCCAUCCCCGAGACCAGCCAUCUGACGAUCGAGGCCCUACGGGCGGAAGUCGAGGCUGAUAUCGGGGCGUCGGGGAUAGAUAGCGCUUAUGACCGUAAAUCAAAAGUCAUCAAUAGAGCCAUCCAAGACAUCGGCAUGGGCCGGUAUCAAUGGGAGCUGUUUUGCCUAUGUGGGUUUGGCUGGCUCGCCGAUAAUCUCUGGUUACAGGGCGUCGCCUUGACCCUGACACAACUGUCCAUGGAGUUCGGCGUGUCCGAGGACCACGUUCGGUUCACCACCUGCGCGCUCUUCCUAGGCCUCUGCAUAGGUGCUUCCUUCUGGGGCAUCGCGUCGGAUGUGAUCGGACGCCGUCCGGCCUUCAACCUGACCCUGUUCAUCACCGGGGUCUUCGGUCUGGCCGCUGGCGGCGGGCCAACGUGGGUUGGAGUAUGCGCCCUAUAUUCCUGCCUGGGCCUUGGCGUCGGCGGUAACCUGCCCGUCGACGGCGCUCUGUUCUUAGAAUUCCUGCCCUUUGCCUCCGGCAAUCUCUUGACCAUGCUGAGCGUCUGGUGGCCGGUGGGCAAUCUCAUCGCCAGUCUCCUCGCAUGGGCGUUCAUCCCGAAUUAUACCUGCAAGAGCAACAUCCCGUCCUGCCACAAGGUCGGCCCGGGCGUCGAGUGCUGCAGCAAGAGCGACAACAUGGGAUGGCGGUAUCUCGUCAUCACGCUGGGCGCGCUCACCUUCGCCAUGUUCUGCUGCCGCUUCUUCCUCUUCCACCUGUACGAGUCGCCCAAGUUCCUGCUCUCGCGCGGCCGCCAGCGCGAAGCCGUCACCUCCGUGCACGGCAUUGCCCACAAGAACCGCACGCAGACCUGGCUGACCGAGGAGAUCCUCAACGAGAUCGGCGGGUACCCGGAGACCGUGCCCAAGCAGACGCUCACUUUCGCCGAGAUCGUCACGCGCUACCUCUCCAAGUUCUCGCUGCAGCGCAUCCAGCCGCUCUUCCGCACCAAGCGCCUCGGCCUCACCACCGUCCUCCUCUGGUUCUGCUGGGCCACCAUCGGCAUGGGCUACCCGCUGUUCAACGCCUUCCUGCCGCAGUACAUCAAGCGCGCCGGCGGCGGCGCCGAGCAGUCCACCUCCGUCGUCUACCGCAACUACGCCAUCACCGCCAUCGUCGGCGUGCCCGGCUCCAUCCUCGCCUGCUUCACCGUCGACAUCAAGCACAUCGGCCGCAAGGGCACCAUGACCGCCGCCACCCUCGUCACCGCCGUCCUGCUCUUCUGCUUCACCGCCUCCACCGACCCGGACGUCCAGCUCGUCUGCUCCGCCCUCGAGGCCUUCUUCCAGAAUAUCAUGUACGGCGUGCUCUAUGCCUACACCCCCGAGGUGUUUCCCGCCCCUAAUCGCGGCACUGGCACUGGCAUCGCGAGCUGUCUGAACCGUAUCGCGGGGCUAUGUGCGCCCCUCGUCGCGAUCUAUGGCGGGAGCUCGAACCCGGACGCGCCGAUCUAUGCCUCGGGUGGUUUGAUCCUCGCUGCGUUCGUCGCUAUGUGUUGUCUGCCUAUCGAGACCCGUGGUAAGCAGUCUUUGUAG